UGUCGGAGGUUUAGUGGGCUCAGGCUGUUCUGGCCCUUGUAAGAGCGCACCCUGGCUUCCCAAAACAAAUUUCGCGCUAAAACCUCUCUCUCUCUAACCUCGGCGGCCAUGGCGACCUUCAAAGAGCGACUCCAGCAGCUAGAAGACAACCGAAUUCAAAGACUCUCUCUCCUCCAGGCGGAGAAGCAACUCGAGUCCGAGAAAUUAAAGAUUUUAAACGAGAAUAUCGCCGUCAUCCGAUCAUUGGAGAAGCGUUGCUUGCUGUUAGAGAGAAGGAGCGCGGACCUAGGGUUUCAGAUCUCAGCCAAAAGGUCCGAGAUUGAAGCCUUUAAUGCCAAGUAUCAAGCCUCCGUUCUAGAAUUUAGGGUUUUGAAGAGGGAGCUGGAUGAGCUGGAGGUGAGAGAGAAGGAGCGGGAUAAGUUUUAUGACGCGAAACUGUUGGAGAUGGAAGAGUUUAAGGAGACAGUUAGGAGGCGAGUAUUGGAUGCUCGAUUGGAAGUUGAGACCAUGAGGAGCUCUGUGUCUAAGAUUUUCGGCCUCCAGGAUGCUCGAGGAACUCGUCGGAACUGCCUCCCUGGAUACAACAAGCCAAAGCGAAGUAAGUGGCACAACUCCUCCGCUACGUCGAACCAAACUUGAGAAGAACACACUAAAAGGAAUGCAAAGAAAGAAAA